GCUCUUGAGUUCACUUGACAGCUUUGUUGUGAAAUAAAUAAAAGAUAAACUUUACGCCAAUUUCUACGCUCUAUUUUAUCUAAUUAGCUUUAUUAUCUCUUAUCUGUACUCGGCGAACAUUUCACCAUUCAAUCAAUAAUCCGGGGCAUUAAAUUGGUGAUAAAAGUGUAGUUUUCUCGCCUAAACAUGAUCUAAUUAGACGGUGUCCUUAGCGUUUCUAUGGUUGUAAAUCCGUGUCGAUGUAACACAAAGCCAUGAGCAGUGUCCGUGAUAGUGUGGAAGAGAAGAAAGAGGACUCUGCGGCAGGUAAGAAGGAGUUGCCGCCAAAUUUGCAGAAGAUAUGUCUGGUUUGCGGCGACAAAGCGCUAGGGUACAACUUCAACGCGAUCUCUUGCGAGAGUUGUAAGGCCUUCUUCCGACGCAACGCGCUGGCCAGCAAGGAGUUUAAAUGUCCCUUCACCAAUAACUGCGACAUCACCGUCGUGACCAGACGGUUCUGCCAAAAGUGCCGCCUAGUAAAAUGCCUCAGCAUUGGCAUGGUCAAAGAGUUCAUAAUGUCAGAAGAGGACAAAGCUGAGAAACGGAAAAAGAUCGAAGAGAACCGAGCGAAAAAACGCCACUGUCCAAGCGAACCUGUCACCAGCUCGAAAAACUUUAAGUUAGAUGACGAAGUGGCUAGUACGAGCUAUCCACAAGUGGAAUCCUCCGUACAGUAUGAUGUAUUAAGUACAACUUGCAGUUCAAAUGGCUCCGUUCAGUCUCCGCUAAGGUCAGAUGUGGACACCUCAAUACAUUCCCCACCGGUGUAUAGUCAGUAUGUUCCCGUGCGGAGUGAGGACUACACGUAUCCUGUGUACUCGCAGGGUCAGAGUCACUACUUGGAGGUGGGGCCCGUGAGUGAGAAGUCAAUGCCCUAUGACGGGAGGCUCAUGGAACCCUACAGCAUGGAUAGUGUGGAUUGUACCAUGUAUGAGAAACAGAACAGUAUAAAGUCCAUCCUCACGACAGAGGACACGGUCCUGUACCGGGAGCCCCAGCACGUGUGUGAGAAGGACGCGCCCCCCGCGCCCGCCGACCCGCACGCCAACAAGGCCAGGGAGAUACUGGAGGAUGUGCAGAGGAUAGAGCCCAACUCGAUAGAGUCGAUCCUGUGCGAGGCGAUCAAGCUGGAGUUCGAGGCGUACACCUCCGUCACGCCGUGCAGCGGCUCCUCCAGGGAACUCAAUGAGGUGGAACGAGCGAAGCUGAACGAGCUGAUCGUAGCCAACAAGACUCUGCACGCGCCCAUCGACGACGACGUCUCGCAGUUCAUAGCCGCCGCGCCCGCCGCCAUCAAGGGAGGAGGAGGCAAACACGACCCCGAGUUAAUAAAGAUAGUGAACCUUACCGCUAUAGCAAUAAGGAGACUCAUCAAAAUGGCCAAGAAAAUCAACGCCUUCAAGAAUAUGUGUGAAAAAGAUCAGGUGGCGUUGUUAAAAGGAGGCUGCACGGAGAUGAUGUUGCUGCGGAGUACAAUGAACUAUGACACACAGAGGAACUCGUGGAAAAUACCUCACAGCAGCGCAAGCUACGUGGAACAAUACGGCCACAUACGAACAGACAUCCUGAAACUGGCCAAGGGAAAUAUCUACCAAGUCCACGAGAGUUUCCAGCAGUCCUUCGAUCAAAGAUGGCGGCAGGACGAGAACAUUAUACUGAUAAUGUCGGCCAUUUUGUUGUUUACGCCGGAUAGAUUGAAUGUGGUGCAUAAGGAUGUUAUUAAGUUGGAGCAGAAUUCCUACUACUACCUCCUCCGACGCUACCUAGAAAGCAUUUACGCGGGAUGCGAAGCUAAAUCCACCUUCUUGAAACUGAUCCAGAAGAUUCUAGAACUUCACAAAUUAGCUGAUGAAGUCACCAGCGUGUAUUUAGAUGUGAACCCUAUAGAGCCUUUGUUGAUGGAAAUUUUCGAUUUGAAACACCAUACGGGCGUAUGAUAGUUGUGUUGUAGUCACCGUCUUUGGAUUUUGACGGAU